UAGAGCACUUAUAACUUAACUUAAAUUUGACCACGAAAGAAAACACUGCACCGCAUCAAAACUUGUUUUCAAACUGAUAUCGAGUAAAAGAUGACAGCAAAUGCCAGCUUGAUAAACACAGUGACAAUAAUAUCUCUGAGUGCAACAGCAGUUUAUCUGGGACUAAGUGUUUUCCUAGGUUUUUAUUUGGGACGAAAGAAACACCAAACCGAAAAAUGGAUUAUAACUUGGCUUGUUUUUGAUGCACUUAUACACUUUACUUUUGAAGGUCCGUUUGUUUUGUUAUCUCUCUAUGGUACAAUCAAAGAGUCAGAUCAUUUCACUGCUUCCCUCUGGAAAGAAUAUGCUCAAGCUGACAAACGAUGGGGUGUUGCAGACCCAACCAUUGUAUCUUUAGAAAUAUUAACAGUGUUUUUUGAUGGGCCGCUAUGUGUAAUUUUGAUCUAUGCCAUUUUGAAGAAGAAGUUUUAUCGUCAUUAUGUGCAGUUAGUUCUGUGUGUCUGUGAAUUGUAUGGAGGUUGGAUGACAUUUUGUCCAGAAUGGCUAACAAAGAGUGAGAACCUAGAUACCAGUAAUGCUUUGUAUCUGUGGAUCUACCUGGUGUUCUUCAAUGGUGUGUGGGUUGUCAUUCCACUCUACCUGAUGUGGCAUUCUUGGGUGGAGAUGAAACGUUGUAUGACUACAUCAGCUGUAACAGACGGAGGUCAUGGCACAGAGGUCACAGAGACAACAACUGUUACCACAACAACCUCUCGUCAUAAAUAUAAUACUAGGUCCCAAAAAGUAGAUUGAUAAUUAUAAAAAAAUUAUCUCGAUCUAAAUUAAAUAUAAGAUUUGUUAACCUUACGCAGCAAGUUUUUAAAAAGUUUUUUUUUUUUUUUUUUUUUCCCCAUACGUUUCGGCUAUUACGGCCUUCUUCAUUCGAAUAAUAUUUCCUGUGUACAAUUACCUUAGUCGUCCAGGAUCAGGCUAAGGGUCCCUGUUUACAAAAAGAAACCAUCUAUCCAGGGGAAAUAGAAGGCAAUAAAAAAAAGUUAUCCACUUUUAACCUUGGAAUACAUUUAGUGUAAAAAAUAUAAUAUCCAUAUAAUGUUAGAAGCAUCUAACAGUUCUACACUUUAAUUUCAAAAUAGUAAGUAAAUAAUUAUAAGAUACCCACAUAAAAGAUGUGCAUUUACUACAAUAACCAUGAUAGGCUAAUACUUUUUUUUAUCAUUUGUUUUUGAUACAACUAUUAUUCUAAUACUAUAAACCAUAAAAAAUGUACUUUGACUCAAGCUG